AGUUAGGACUGCGGUUGGAUCGAUAUUUGCAGAAAAAGUAUUUCGGAAUUUUCCACCUUUGGAUUGCAAAGAUUACUGUGCAGCAGCUACUUUAAGCAAAAAAUUUAAAGAAAUGGCUACACCAAAACCAUUGCUUAGCGCCGAAGGUCUUGCCCUGACCAAUAAGAAAAUAGCUGAACUGAAGAAGAAGGUUCAACUGGCCGAGGGUCAAAAGAAAGCCUACACCGAGGAAUGGGCCGACACUAAAAAGACGCAGAACGAUAAAACCGCGGAGUUAAAAAAGGAGGUUCGCGACUUGACGAACAAGCUUUCAUACCUACAUAACCCAAACAGCGCCAAGGCCCAAAAGAAUGUUCAGGAGAUCAAACGUAGGGUUCAGCUGCCACCGGGAGCUAAAACCGUACAAGAUGCUCUCCAUGUACUCGAUUUAAAGAUAAUCGACGUGAACAAACAGGCGGAUGUCGCUGAAGCGAAGCACAAGAAGCGUGAAAUCUACUACAAGAAGCUUAUGGAUCAGUAUCACAUGUUGAUGGGCUACAAGCACUCCAAUGCUGAUGGCUCGAACCCGCCGGAAACGGUAGAGGAGGACGCCAACAGGAAGCUGAUAACGCACUUGGAGAACGAGAUUCAUCGAACCUCGGUUCAGUGGAUGGAAGCGGAACACAUCAGGAAGAAAUAUCGUGGAAUCAAGCUGGCAUUGAUGCGCGAUGCGGAGAAGUUCGAGAGUUCGCUGUUGGAACUGGAACAAGCGAUCACUGAGCAGCAGGCUGAGAUAACCAAACUGGAAGGCGUUCAUAAGGAAGCCAUGCAAAUGCGAGAUAAUACCAAGUCGAUACUGCAGCGGCAGGAGCAAACGACACACUACGCGAACAAGGCACGUGAGAAGCAGGCGCUCGAUUUCCGCCGACAAGUUGAGGAGCGCAAGCAGGAACUGGAACGAUUGGAGCGGAAGAUUUUCUCCUCCGGCAAGACGAUGGUGCACCAGGAAAGUGUGAUGUCUGCGUCCGGUGAUCACUCGGGUGGAAGGGGCGAGGGAGACGACUCGAGCGGGCAUGAUAAGGAAACGGCCUCGGAAAUGGAGCAAAAGUUCAAGAAGCUGAUGCAAGCGACAGGGGUCAGCGCGGCAAGCGAGGUGGUUGAUCGCUUCCUGGCCCAGCGGGAAGCAUCAGCCCGCUUGACGUACCUCCGUACCGUCACCGAAAACGAGAAGAAACAAUUGGAAUCCCAACGGGAGCUGAUGACGGCCCAAUUGGAUGCGUUCAAGUUCGCCGAUGUCAAGGACAGCGAUGUCAAUCAAGAGGAGUUGGAGAAGAUCCGCAACUCGAUCGAGGAGCAGAAGGCACGCCUAGAGGAGUGUGAGAAAGCGAUCGAUUAUACCCGUAAUGUGUUUAAUACGAUCAAAGACACGUUGGUUGAGUUGCUACUAGCGCUGCGAGAAAUUGAUGACAAUUUGGAGGUGCAAUUUUUGAGCAGAACGCCAACCAUAUCCGAAGAGAAGCAACUAGGUCUGGAGGUCAUUACGUCCGGAAAUAUUUCCAUUGAUGAUCUCGGGAACAUGUUGGAGGAGAAAAUCAAACUGGGCAUGAUAGCUAGCGGUCAGUUGGCAACCGAAACCGACAGUGGUCUGUCCGAGGAUGAAACGGAACCACAGCAACCACAGGCACCGCCGCCGCGGCCCGCUAGUUCGGCAUUGCAAAUUCCGACCGCCAGCCCGUCGGUGGGUACAUCGUCCAUUCAGGAGGACCGAGAGAAACCCCCGGCGUAUCCGCCGGUUUAUGUGAACUUGAUUGCCGGACGAACGACGACGCAGAUAUCGUCGGCGUCGCCUGGCCCGGGCGCGACGGUGGUGCUGUCCGAUGACGAAGCAGAGGUUCCGUCGCGCAGCUAUUUGAAAAGGCAGGCGAACAUGAUUAUCGAAGCGAAGUCCAGAAGAAAGGGAUUCCGAAUGCCGCCACCAAAAAGGCGUUAAGUUUAAUAGGCAACUAGGAACCGAUUUGCGAUUUGGGCGUAGCUCAUUUUGUAAACAAACAUUUUUUUAUGGUUUCCGUAGAUUGUGUGGUUUCUCAAAAAAUGUAAUUGCUUUCGAAGGAAUUUGCCUUCCAAUGUCUGUUUACAAAAUCAGAUACGCUUAAUUCGCAAAUCGGUCUCGGUCGGAUUGUUAAAUUUACAGAAGUCAAUGUUGUGAUGUAGCAAUUUAUCAAAUCAAAGCUUAUAAGCUCGAAGCCGGCUUUCCCAAUAAAGGAGCGAAAAUAAGAAAAUAAAUAAUUUAACGGA